AAAAUUAAAAGACAGAUUUGAACGUCGACAAAUCUUUGAGCGCAAGUGUUAAUUCAAAAGAAAAAUACCGCACGGCGCAUGCGCACUGCGUUUUUCCAAUUCCACAAAAGAAAAGUCAAGUAGACAGAGUCACUUUUUCGAACUACUCAAGUUAUCGUAACGAUAAAAAUGUUAUUGAUCUUUUGAAAUUAUUGCGAGGUGGUUUUUAAUAAAAAAAAAAAAUUUUAACAAUCACGAAAUUAAUGAAACGCGAAAUACAUAUUAUUAAUAAUAUAAUACGUUAAUAAAAGUCCAGGGACUAACCUCUCAUAUCGUAGACAGUGAUCUGUCAAAAUUAUUAGUUUUCAUUAAUAAAUAAUUUCAAUUUCAUAUGGACGCCGAAGCACAAUGCAUAUUCUGUAAGAUAAUAAGAAAUGAAAGUCCUAGUGAAAAGAUUUAUGAGGAUGAGAACGUUACGUGCAUUAAAGAUAUCAAUCCAGCAUCGGAUCAUCAUUACUUAAUUUUGCCAAAUAAGCAUAUACGUAAUGCCAAAGAGUUACAACCUGCCGACAGCAAGCUUUAUGAUAAAAUUAUUGCUUGUGUUCAAUUAAUAGUGGAAAAACAAGGACUCGAUAUCAAUUCUACAAGGACUGGUUUCCAUUGGCCGCCAUUUAACACAGUAAAUCAUCUUCAUUUACAUGUUAUUUCUCCUGUAGAAAAUAUGUCCAUUAUCAAACGAACGAUGUUUAAGCCCAAUUCUUUAUGGUUCGUCAACACAGACUAUGUGAAAUCACGUUUAGAAAAGAAAGAUACAUGAGAUAUAUAGCUUAAUUAUUAUUCAAAUUUUAUAAGUAUUUAUAUUUGUUAUAUAUACUUUAUAGUUAUAUUAAUCAUUUCAAUUUGAUUGUACAAUGUUGUAAGUAAACAAAUUCUAUUUAAAACUUA